AUGGCGAUGGCUCUGGCGGUAUUGCGGGACUGGUGCAGGUCGAUGGGCGUGAACGCUCAGCGAUCUCUGCUCAUCCUGGGAAUCCCAGAUGACUGCAAAGACCAGGAAUUCCAGGAGGCUGUGCAGGCUGCCCUGCGUUCCCUGGGCAGGCCCCUGAUGCUGAUUCACAGGAUAGACCCAAUUGCCCUGCGCAGCCCCAGGGACAAGCAGUGGUUGGCAGGGCGGGUGAGGCAGGAACUGCAGGUCACUCAGGAACUGCAGGGGAGGAGGAAGCUGCAGGGGAGGCGGGAGUCGCAGGAGCUGCAGGUGGGGAAAGAUCUGAGGGUCAAGCAGGAGCUGAAGGUGAAGCAGGAGUGUCAGAUGAGGAAGGAGCUGCAGGUGACGACGGAACCUCAGGUGAGGCAGGACUUGCAGGUGAGGCAGGAGCUGCAGGUGAGGAAGGAGCUGCAGGUGAAGCAGGAGAUGAAGGUGAAGCAGGAGCUGAGUCAGAUGAGAAAGGAGCUGCAGGUGAGGAGGGAGCUGCAGGUGAGGAAGGAGCUGCAGGUGCGGAAGGAGCUGAGGGUCAAGCAGGAGCUGAGGGUCAAGCAGGAGCUGAAGGUGAAGCAGGAGCUGAGCGUGGCAGGACUUCUGAGUAUGGCAGGACCCACGGGCGAGGCAAUGGCUGCGCCUGAGGAAGCAGUUGUGACAGCGGCAGGCGCCAUGGGUGAGGCAGGGCCCGGGACCCAGCAGUGGAGGCAGGCCUCGCAGCCCGUGCUGGACAGCAUGGGCUACCAGGAGCUGGGAACCUUCUCUGGGAUGGAAGAGCCGGGCCACGGGGAAGGGUCCUCUGAGAGCUGGCUGGAGCAGGCCAGCCACACGCUGCACCUGUGGCGCCACGUGUCUGAGAGGGAGAGGAGGAGGAGGCUGGUGGAGAGCUUGCGCGGCCCCGCGCUGGACCUCCUGCGCGGCCUCCUGGCGGAAGAUCCCGAGCUGGCUGCCCAGGACUGCCUGGCCGCGCUGGUGCAGGUGUUUGGGAACAAGGACCCCCGGGGGAGUGCUCGGCUGAAGUUCGUGACCUGUGCCCAGCGGCCCCAGGAGACUCUCUCUGCGUACGUGAUGCGCCUGGAAGGCCUGCUGCAGUCGGCCCUGGAGAAGGGGGCCAUCCACCCGGCCAUGGCGGACCAGGCGCGCGCCCGGCAGGUGCUGACGCGGGCCCGGCUGAACGACACGCUCCGGGACACGCUGAGGAGGAGGCGGCUGAUGAGGAGGCCUCCCGGCUUUGCGGGGAUGCUGCGGCUCAUCCAGAAGACCGAGGCCUGGGACGCCGACCCGGCUAGCAGGGAGCACUUCCCAGGGCAGGAAGAGGCCCGUGUGGACGUUGCAGUCCUGGCAGCAGCCGCCCAGGCCGCCCCGGCCCAUGAGGCCAUCACCGCAGGCACCACUGCACAUGGCACCAAGGCCUCCCCGGCCGGUGAAGAUAGCACCGCCCAGGCCGCCCGUUCCAAGGAAGGGAGCGCCGAGGACCACCCGGCACGUGAGGAGGCCAGUGCGGCAGUUGCCGGCACUGCCAAGGCUGGCGAGGCGGCCCCUGAAGACCAUGGUGCCGCCAGGGCAGCCCCUGGCCCUGGGGAGACCAGCAAGGCGUCCACGGCCACUCAGGAAGAUGGAAGUGCUGCCGCCCCUGCGGGCCUAGGUCAGGCAGGACCCUCAGAUGCCCCUGGG